AUGGCAACCUUGAGCGAGGACCAUAUUUACAAGGAGAAGAAGUUAGCCCGAGAAGAUAUCCUGCCCGAGGAGGACUUGGCGGACGGCGAAUAUGAGGAGCUCGUGACAAUCGUUAAAGAGACAUUGGCACAGCACUCGUAUGACAGCAACUACCCUGAUGAGCUGUUAGACACUGCCAAGGAAUUCCUAGCCAGUGAUCGCAAGACGAUCACUGGUGUGGAAGCCACUGAUCUACUCAAAACGAUUCGUGAGCUGCGAGACACCGUGCUGAAUGACUCUCCAUACGCAGAAGUUCGCGCUGUUGUGUCCCCUACAGACGAUAUAACAGUUUCGGCAAACACUUUCAGGGCCUGGUUUCUGGGCCUUCUUCUGACUAUUGUCUUCACCGGUGUCAAUCAACUGUUCACCCUGCGUUAUCCGUCACUUUUCAUCAAUUCCUACGUUUCUCAAGUCGUCGCUUAUCCUCUGGGGGAUUUCAUGCAUCGAAUUCUCCCCACUCGCCAAUACUCCAUAUUUGGCUGGCGCUUCUCGUUGAAUCCAGGACCAUUCAACCAGAAAGAGCACAUUCUGAUAACAGUGAUGGCCAAUGUUGGAUAUGGAGGGUCACUCGGAACAGCCUAUACAACCAAUAUCUUUGAUGUCCUCAAGAUCAAGAAGUGGUACAAUGACACUGCCCUCUACGACAAGGCUGGCUUCCAAAUCCUCCUGACCCUCUCAACACAGUUGCUUGGCUUUGGUACAGCCGGCCUAGUCCGCAGAUUCCUUGUUUACCCCCCUGCCAUGAUUUAUCCCAAGGCCCUGGCGACAAUAGCCCUCAACAAGGCCUUGCAUACUGACCACGCCAGAGAGGUUGUACACGGAUGGACUAUCUCCCGUUAUCGAAUCUUUCUAUACUCAUUUAUUGGCAUGUUCAUUUGGUACUGGUUCCCUGGGUACAUCUUCCAGGCACUAUCCGAUUUCAACUGGAUGACUUGGAUCAAACCCAGCAGCAUGACUUUGGCCGCCAUCACUGGUAGCAUUACGGGUUUGGGAUUCAAUCCAAUCCCAUCUUUCGACUGGAAUGUGGCUUCGGUCUUGUACGAUCCUAUCAUCACACCAUUCUAUGCUCUGGUUACAAUUACGAUCGGCACUUUGAUCUUUUGUGUCUGCGCGAUCAUUCCCAUAUGGUGGACAAAUACCUGGAAUAGUGGCUACUUCCCCAUCAUGAGCAACACACUAUUCGACAACACAGGAUCUGCUUACAAUGUUUCGAAAAUCAUGGUUAAUGGAGUUUUUGAUGCCGAAGCCUACGAGGCAUAUAGUCCUCCCUACAUGAGUGCGUCCUAUGCAACUAUGUUCCUUUGUUUCUUUGGAGCUUACCUCGCUGCCAUUGUCCACGUCUCUCUCUUCAAUCGUCAUGAUCUCAGCAGAGGAUUCAAGGCGAUAUGGAAGUGGACCAAUGCCCGUGAUGAGCAUGAUGAUAUUCACAACCGCUUGAUGAAGACAUACAAGGAAGUUCCUGAGUGGUGGUACGCCACUAUCUUGGCCUUUUCCUUUGUGAUCGGCUGUAUUGUGGUGAAGGUUUAUGAAACCACAUUCCCCGUGUGGGGUAUGGUGAUCGCCGUGGCUUUGUGUCUUGUUUUGCAGAUUCCAUACGGUAUGGUGUAUGCUAUCACCAACUCUGAAGUGACGAACAACGUCAUUGCCGAGUUCAUCGCCGGAUAUGCCCUCCCGAACAAGCCUAUCGGUAACAUGAUAUUCAAGACUUACGGUGUCGUAUCAUGCAUGCAGGCCAUUCAGUUUGUCGCCGACUUAAAAAUGGGCCAUUACAUGAAGAUUGCACCCCGUGUGAUGUUCAGCGCACAGGUCAUUGCCACCAUUGUCGCCGCCUUUGUGAGUAUAGGUGUGAAUGCCUGGGCACUCCACAACAUCCCCAACAUUUGCGAGAGCACACAGGCAUCUGGCUUUAACUGUGAGUCAAUCACCACCUUCUUCACAUCAUCGGUCAUCUGGGGUGCCAUUGGGCCUAAGAGACUCUUCGCUGCUGGCCAACGGUACAACACGACUCUGUACGGAUUCGUCAUUGGUCUCGUGGUGCCUAUUCCGUUCUACCUAACAUCAAAGUACUUCCCUCGCUCGGGUGCUCGCUACGUCUACUCCCCACUGCUCUUCUACGGAAUGAUGAACUUUGCGCCUUACAAUCUGACCUACGUUAUUGCUCCUCUCAUCGUCGGUUUCGUCUUCAACUACUAUAUUAAGCGCCACUACCUCGCUUGGUGGGAGAAAUACGCUUAUGUGCUCACUUCAUCUUUUGGUGCAGCAAUUGCUAUCUCUGGUAUCAUCAUCUUUUUUGCGGUUCAGUACCAUGAAGUCGAUAUUUCCUGGUGGGGCAAUAAUGUUCCCUUUGCUGGAUGUGAUAAUUCUGGCUGUGCUAGGUUGCCCAUUCCUGCCACAGGCGUCCCCAAUUGA